AUGGAUUUGAUUGAACAGAAAGAUAAAUUGGAUGUUAUAAAUGUGGAUGUUCGGACAGUUAAAAAACCAUCAAGACACGAUUCUGAAAACUAUUUCCGUGAAGCAUUUAAACCAUUGAGUACAAGUAUAGAAAAAAAUAAUCAAUGUAACUCGCACCCAGCUGAUCAAAAAAAUACGGAAACCUCACAUAUUAGUGACGAAGAUGACGAUGUAUUAAAUUCAACAUUUUCAAAUUUUUUUAAUAAUCGACAGACAAUACAACGUUAUGAUAAAUCCUAUGGUAUGUAUUAUGAUAAAGCUAGUGAUUCGUACAAAAUAGGAGAUCACACAGUAACUUUUUGUCAUGGUAACUUACAGUUGGUUAAUAAAUACUAUAAAUGGACUAAAGGGCUAUGGUCGUUAUUAUGCGAGAAGGAACCAAAAAAUCACACUAUAGAAGAUAUGGAAUCUUAUUAUGAUAUUUUAAGAACAACACAUGUUCAUUUAAAACCCGAUGGGAAACCCAAAACCUCAAGAUACUUUAAAUGGAUUAAUGUUGUAAAACCUCUGUACGAACGAAUGAAAAAUGAGGAUCAUCAGUUAAACAAAGAAAUAACUAAAAUUAAUACCCCUAAAACUCCUCAAAUUAACUUAUUACCAUUUAACGAACAUAUAUCUAGGUUGAGCGCUAAACGUAGUAAUAUUCAUAAUAAUACAACCAUGGGAAAUGCGCCGUUUGAAUUUCAACCAACAGCUAACAGUUCUAUGAUUUCAGAACCUGUUGUUGAAAAUAUGUUUAGUUUUACUUCAACACCGCAGACUAAUAAUAAAGGUGCUGGUUUAUAUAAAGAUGUAAUACCUCAAACCCAGUUAGUUUAUUAUGACGACCCAAAUGAGCUAGUGACUAGAUUAAAUCUUUUAGCAUCAUCACAAAGUGCGGCAAAUGUCGAUCGGAAGCGUCAAUGGGUGAUGUUCACCGAGGACAAUGGUGUCAAUGCUCGACAGAUAUUGGCUCACUCCAAGCUCUGUUCAAGGCAUUUUGUUGCCGGUCAUGAUUACUACGGAGGAGCCGUACAUCGCCGUCGACUAACUGUUGGAGCAGUGCCGUCAGUAGUGCUUGGGGACGUCGAGAUGGAAGAAAGAGAGCACGUGGAGGUCGUCGGCGUCCCAGUGGAGGGUGUGGAGUACGUGGAAGUCGUUGGCGUCCCAGUGGAUGUAGGGGAUGAUGUGGAAGGAGUAGAGGGGGUGGAGGACAUUGAAUUUGUCGAGGUCCUGAUGGAAGGUGUGGAGGAAGUGGAGGACGAGGUAGUCCAGAUGGAAGUGGUAGAGGACGAGGUGGUCCAGAUGGAAGUGGUGGAGGACAUGGAAUUUGUUGAGGUCCAGAUGGACGGAGGGGAUGACGUGGAAGUGGUAGAAGUCCAGAUGGACGGAUGGGAGGACGUGGAAGUGGUAGAAGUGCAGAUGGACGAAGUGCAAGCGGAACUGGAGUUUGAGGACAUGCUCGACGAAGAGUUCCGACCACUUGCCGUGGAUGAACAACCCCGAGGGCGUGCGCCAAUAAUUGACAGGCAGGCAGGCGUGACACACCCGCUUCCAGAGCGGCACAACGCGGGCGCGUUAAACAGAAUCUGCACACAGUGUAACGCCCGCCACUUCGAAGGCGAGGUUGUGGGCCGGGAUGCCAAUAGGCACUUCUCCACUUGCUGUAACAACGGUCAAGUGACCGCUGCAGGACAACACGCGUUGUUGCCCGCCCCUUUUUUACUAAUGAGUUUGUUGAUUGGAGAUUCACAGGAUGGUCGUAGAUUCCGAGACGACAUUCGCCGGUACAACAACGCCCUGGCAUUCGCUGCGUUUAGCUGUGGCUCAGACGACAGGCGUUUGCGAGGGCGUGGACCGCGAACGAUGUGUAUCCAAGGCCAAACUUAUCAGAGGAUAAAUAAUGACGUGGCCGUUGACCGAGUAGAUGCCAACUACUGUCAGUUGUAUUUCCUCGAGUCCGCAGAGGCCAACACCCGCCGCGUUGGGAUGGCUCUGCAGAGAAAUCAGCGUGAACUGUCCGUAGUUGUGAUGGGACUAUUGGACGGUUUUCUGCGGGACGUAAAUCCGUACGCAAUGGCUUUUAAGAACAUGCGUGAGGUGUGGCUGGCAGAAAAAGACCUAGCCGAUGCCGAUCCCGCAGGUGUGCGACCUAGGCCAGUGACGAUGCAUUUUGUCCGAGAUGCGGCCCGGGACGACGGGCGAAACAACCUGCCUACCGCAAACGAAGUUGCGGCCGUGUUCGUAGGUGAAGGGGGUCGUCCGCCAAGAGACAUUAAUCUGGUCAUCUACGAUACGAAUCCAAUCAACCCGCAACACAGGAUGCAAACCAUACCAGCGGGUUAG